GCGCCGCGCUUGAGGCCCCCGCACGGACCGGAGCGUGUCUUUGUGAACCUAUGAAAUGGCUGUGAUGGAAAUUGCAUGCCAAGGAGCUCCUGACCCCACCAUCGGGCACCAAAAGGAGCUUUCUGCUUCUAAAGGGCUGAGUGAAACAGUGAGUGAGAAGCAGAGCAGUGUUUGCAAAGUAGAAGAUUCAGAGAAAGUUGCCUUCCACAGUCAAUGGAAGAUCCUGAAAGAUGUGAUCACCAAAGGAACAGCAAAAGAAGAGACAGAAGGGGGUUCUGCAUCCAUUUCCAUCAUCGCCCAGGCUGAAUGUGAGAACAGCCAGGAGUUCAGCCCCACCUUUUCAGAGAGGCCUUUCAUAGCUGAUAGUAAACGUUACAGCCGGUCAGACAGUCUUGAUCAAAUCCCAAACAAUGUGGCCCAUGCUACCGAAGGGAAAAUGGCACCAGCCUGCUGGAGGGCAAGGCAUCGCGGGAAAGGCAGGAAGAAACGUCGCAAGAAAAGAUCCAGGGUCAGAAUACCAACACUGGCCUCUGCUAAGCAAGGGCCCAGAACUCCAGAACAGGAAAGUUGUACACCAAUCCCAGUCCAGGAGGAUGAAACUCACCAAAACACUCUCUUCAGUAACAGCUCCUGUUUUUCAGAACCUUGCAAGGACUCAAUUUGUGAUCAGAUACCAUUUGAGAAACCUAGAAAAGUUCUGCUCGUAGGCAAACUCCAUUCGCUAAGGAACCUGCACAGACCAGAACUGCACAAGUUGAUAAGCCCAGUACAGUGCCUGAACCAUGUUUGGAAGCUACACUGUCAGGGUGAUUUUGUGCCCCAGCCAGAGACCCUCCAUCCCUUCCCUUACAGUCCUCUUUGUGCCAUGAAACAUAAUCCUCGGGAGAUUAAUCUCCUUGAUGAUCGGGCCUGUGUGAAUGGUGAGCGUCACUUUUCUGGCCUAAGCUUAGAAUGCAGCUUACCAAAAUGUGUCAGCCAGUCCCUGGAAACUAACUUGGACAAACUUUCUGUGGAAGAAUAUUUGGUGGAUGCUCUUAAGGGGAGCGUGAGUCUCGGUGAGCCGCAGAACUUAGCCAGCCUGGCCAAGACGUGGAGAGGAGGCGGUCUGGAUUUGAAGGAGCAGUUUCAAGAGACAGAUGACAAUGAGGGGGUGCUGCUUACUGAGAAACUAAAGCCGGUGGACUAUGAAUACCGAGAAGAGGUUCACUGGGCCAAGUGCCAGGACUCUCUGGGUGUUGGCUCUUUUGGGGAAGUGUACAAAAUAGAGGACAAACAGACGGGAUUUCAGUGUGCUGCCAAAAAGGUGCAAGUCGAACACUUUCGUGCAGAGGAGUUGACGACAUGUGCUGGAGUAACAAGUCCCAAAGUUGUCCCUUUGUAUGGAGCCGUGAAGGAAGGUCCUUGGGUUACUAUCUUCAUGGAGCUAAUGGAGGGUGGCUCACUAGGCCAGCUGAUUAAACAAAGUGGCUACUUGCCAGAGGAUAGAGCCCUCAGUUACCUGGGUCAAGCAUUAGAGGGUCUGGAGUAUCUUCAUGCUCACCACAUUCUGCAUGGAGAUGUCAAAGCGGACAACGUGCUCUUAUCCAGUGAUGGAAGCCGGGCUCUCCUCUGCGACUUCGGCCACUCUGCUCGCCUUCAUCCCGAUGGCUUGGGGAAGUGCUUGGUGACAGGGUGCUACAUGCCUGGCACAGAGACUCACAUGGCUCCAGAGGUAGUAAUGGGAAAACGCUGUGACUCAAAGGUGGAUGUCUGGAGCAGCUGCUGCAUGAUGCUGCACAUGCUCAAUGGGUGUCAUCCUUGGACCCGGUAUUACAACCACCCUCUUUGCUUAAAGAUAGUCAAAGAGCCACCUCCUUUGAGGGAAAUCCCACCUUCCUGUAACCGUUCCACUGUCGAGAUCAUUAAAGCAGGGCUAGAGAAGGAGCCACUUAAAAGAGCUUCUGCGGCGGAGUUGAAGACUAAGGCUGACAUAGCUUUGCAGGAGGUGGGAGAUGUGAAGAACCCCUGGAGAGAAUACAGAGAACCUAGAUGCUUAUCUUUGGAUGAAAAAAACAAUCUGCACACCUCCCUGUCCCCAACAGUCAGCCUGAUUUCUGAGACUUUGGCUAGCCCUGGGUCAGCUCCUUGCCUAUCCCAAAGCUUGCAGCCACCAUCUCUGGAGUUGACCGAGAAGACUGGGGUAACCCCUUGGAAUCUGUGCAAGGAGUUACCUAGGAUCUGUGAUCCACUUUCCCUCUCCUCCCUGGCUCCUGUCCCCACCAAGAGCAGCAGCUCCUCGGAACGGGCAACAACUAUCUCGGAACAGGAGCUUCAGCAGCUGGAAAUAGAGUUGUUUUUGAACAGUCUGUCGCAGCCAUACUCUCUGGAGGAGCAGGAGCAAAUGCUCUCGUGUCUCAGCAUUGACAGCCCGCUCAUGUCUGAUGCCAGCGAGAAGAACUCUCUGAAGGCCUCUCCGAGCCUGAGGGACACCAUGAGCUCUGGGGUUCACUCCUGGAACAGCCAGACCGAUGGACAGAGCUUCAGCUGGAACAACCUGCUGUAUCGCAGUCGGCACACAGACACCCCCAGCUAUUUCAAUGGAGUGAAAAUCCAGAUCCAGUUGCUAAGUGGAGAAAAUCUUCAUAUCCGAGAGUUCCACAGGACCAAGGUGGGAGACAUUGCUACUGGGAUAAGCAGCCAGAUACCAGCCUCUGCUUUCAGCCUUGUUACAAAGGAAGGUCAACCUGUUCGCUAUGACAUGGAGGUUCCGGACUCGGGGAUAGAGCUGCAGUGCACCCUUGCUCCUGACUGCAGUUUCGGUUGGACCUGGAGAGUCAAGCAUGGUCAGCUGGAGAAUAGACCAUGA